AUGCGUCGUUUCGUAGGUAUGACUCUGGCGGCCAGAGCCUCGCUCCGGACCUAUGCCCUCCCUCAUCGGUCCAUCAGCCGGCCCAUCGCACGCCCAUACACUGCGACCUCCCAGCGACGACAAACCGCGUUCCAUUCACAGCUCGACAAUUCGGCAUCUUCAGCCGUCCUCUCCUCCUUCAACACGGCGUCCCAGACGCCCCAGACCCUGACGGAGAAGAUUGUACAGAGACACUCCGUCGGCCUAGCCCAGGGCAAGGUUGUCAAGUCAGGCGACUAUGUCACAAUGUCUCCCGCGAGGUGCAUGACGCACGACAAUUCAUGGCCUGUUGCUUUGAAGUUUAUGUCCAUUGGCGCAUCCAAGAUCCAUGACAACCAGCAGCUUGUCAUGACAUUGGAUCACGAUGUACAGAACAAGAGCGAGUCAAAUCUCAAGAAGUACUCCCAGAUCCAAAACUUCGCGCAGCAACACGGCGUCGAUUUCUACCCGGCCGGGAGGGGUAUUGGUCACCAAAUCAUGGUGGAAGAAGGAUAUGCGUGGCCCGGUACUGUCACCGUGGCAAGCGAUUCUCAUUCGAACAUGUACGGUGGUGUGGGCUGCCUCGGCACCCCAGUAGUGCGUACCGACGCUGCCAGCAUUUGGGCUACAGGACGCACAUGGUGGCAAGUGCCGCCAAUCGCCAAGGUCACCUUGACUGGCGUUCUUCCUCCCGGCGUUACUGGCAAGGAUGUAAUCGUGGCGCUAUGCGGUCUCUUCAACAAAGACGACGUCCUCAACCACGCCAUUGAGUUUACUGGUUCAGAGGAAACUAUGGCGAGCCUACCCGUCGAUGACCGCCUUGCGAUCGCAAAUAUGACGACUGAAUGGGGAGCCUUGAGUGGCCUCUUCCCCAUCGAUGCCACUCUGCAGACUUGGCUGCGUGCGAAGGCAACUUCAUCUGCUGUUCUCGGUGACGGCGUUGCUCUGAACCAGUUCUCACACCAGAAGAUUGACGAUCUCAUUCAGAACAAACUCACAGCAGACCCCGGCGCUACCUACGCAAAAUCCCUGUAUUUGAAUUUAUCCACACUGGCUCCGUUUGUCUCAGGACCCAACUCGGUCAAGGUUGCCACGCCGUUGAAGGACCUUGAGGCUCAGAACAUCAAACUCAACAAGGCGUAUCUUGUCUCGUGCACGAAUUCCCGAGCUUCCGAUCUCGCCGCUGCUGCCCGCGUUUUCAGAGAGGCAGCAGCCAAAGGGGCCCAACCCAAGGUUGCCCCAGGUGUAAACUUCUACAUCGCUGCCGCGUCUACUGUCGAACAACAGGCAGCGGAAGAAACAGGUGACUGGCAGGUACUACUAGACGCGGGCGCGCAGCCCCUUCCAUCAGGCUGCGGUCCUUGCAUCGGUCUUGGUACUGGACUCUUGGAGCCGGGUGAAAUUGGGAUCAGUGCGAGUAACAGGAAUUUCAAGGGGCGUAUGGGUUCAACGGAAGCGAAAGCGUACCUGGCAAGUCCUGAAGUCGUCGCCGCCAGUGCUCUUCAGGGGAAGAUUGCAGGACCCGGCUGGUAUCAAAAGCCUGAUGAUGUCGAUAAGGUCAUCAUUGGUGAAGGAGAUGGCAACUUGGAAAAGGACAUCGCAAUUAGCAUUGAAGAAGCUUUGGAGAAGAUCAUCGCUCAGGCAGAUAGCCUCAUCUCCGAUGCCGAGGGCGGCGCUGGAACCACAGAGGUAGAUGAUGGCCCCGAGACUCUCACUGACAUUCUGCCGGGCUUUCCAGAGAAGGUCGAGGGAGAGAUCGUCUUCUGCGAUGCGGAUAACGUCAAUACUGAUGGCAUAUAUCCCGGAAAGUACACAUAUCAGGACAAUGUGUCUGUUGAGAAGAUGGCCGAGGUCUGUAUGGAAAAUUACGACAAGGCUUUUGGUGCUGUCGCCAAGGAAGGCGAUAUCCUCGUCUCUGGUUUCAACUUUGGCUGUGGCAGCUCGCGAGAACAGGCGGCUACUGCCAUUCUGGCCAAAAAGAUACCCCUCGUAGUCUCUGGAAGCUUCGGGAACAUCUUCAGCCGGAACAGCAUCAACAACGGGCUCCUGGGUCUGGAGGUCCCCAAGCUCAUCCAAAGGCUCCGGGACACCUUCAAGGCCGAGGACGGAAAGGCGCAGAUUCCCACCAGACGGACCGGGUGGAAGAUCCUGUGGGACGUGAGGAGGAGCAAGGUCACGGUCACCGAGGGCGAGGGCGGCCAGACGUGGAGUCAGAAGGUUGGCGAAAUGCCGCCCAACGUCCAGGAGAUCAUCGCGAGAGGCGGCCUGGAGAAAUGGGUCAAGGCCGAGAUCUCGCGGGCUUAA